GUGUUAGGCUGCAGCUCAGACUCAGAGAAGGUCUCGCUUCACUCCUCAUAAUCUCAAUCCCUUCCAAUAAAGAUUAAAUCUUUUUUGGUUUUUAUUUAGUUUUAUUACCAAACCCAACAAAACUAAACUAAAAAAAAGGAAAAAAACCAAUAAUCGUCUCCAUUCUGUCUCCAAUCUCCUUUUCUCCUUCUCCUCUUUAUCUCUCUCUUUCUUUUCUCUUUCUCUUCACCCCCAUUUUUCUCCUCCGCCCAAUUUCCCCCAUUUUCCGAAGAAACGUUUCGUGGGUUUCUUUCUCUCUCCGAUCCCAAUUCGAAGACCCAGUAUUGAUCUUGGUGCAAAGCUUCGUUCUUUAUCGGUUUCGGAGGAUUUAGAGUCAAAGAUUCGAUGAUGGUCAAUGUGGGUCAAUGAUCUUCUGAAUUAGGGUUCCAAUUCGCCGCCUGCGAUCGAAGAUUUGGGGUUCAAUAUCUAGCUUGAUAAGGCGGGCAUUGAUUUGGAGGAUUGGGUUUGUUAUUAUCGAGGAAAAAGUUUGAAUCUUUUUCCAAUUGGAGAUUAUUUGGUUGUGAUUUAAUGCGUUGAUUGUGAUAUUUUGGCUGAGUUGUUGGGAGUAAACGUAAGAUUUUGGGAGAUUUGGGGGUUGUUAUUGUUUGGUGGGUGUGAGGUUAUGCACACAAUAAAGGGUUGCAUUUGGUAGAGAUAUAUUUGCCUUUUUGAGCUUCUGGGUUGGAGCUGUGUUGGUGAGAUUGUGUUGAAUCAUGGAGCAUGUGAUUGCUGGCAAGUUUAAGCUUGGGAGGAAGAUUGGGAGUGGUUCUUUCGGGGAGCUCUAUCUAGGUGUCAAUGUACAAACCGGGGAGGAGGUUGCUGUGAAGCUGGAACCUGUGAAGACCAAGCAUCCCCAGCUUCACUAUGAAUCCAAAUUGUACAUGCUUCUUCAAGGAGGAACGGGAAUCCCCCACCUGAAGUGGUUUGGAGUUGAGGGUGACUACAAUGUCAUGGUUAUUGAUCUUCUUGGACCAAGUUUGGAAGAUUUGUUCAACUAUUGUAAUAGGAAGUUUACAUUGAAAACAGUUUUGAUGCUUGCAGAUCAAUUAAUUAACAGAGUUGAAUACAUGCACUCAAGAGGUUUCCUUCAUCGCGAUAUAAAACCUGACAACUUUUUGAUGGGCCUAGGGCGUAAAGCCAAUCAGGUAUAUGCUAUUGAUUAUGGCCUUGCAAAGAAGUAUAGGGAUCUCCAGACUCACAAGCACAUAGCUUAUAGGGAGAACAAGAACCUCACAGGCACUGCCCGCUAUGCAAGCGUGAACACUCAUCUUGGAAUUGAACAAAGCAGAAGGGAUGAUCUGGAAUCACUUGGUUAUGUGCUUAUGUAUUUCUUACGAGGAAGCCUUCCCUGGCAAGGACUGAAAGCUGGCACAAAAAAGCAAAAAUACGAUAAAAUCAGUGAAAAGAAAAUGUCAACUCCUAUAGAGGUGCUUUGCAGAUCACAUCCAUCUGAAUUUGUAUCCUACUUUCACUACUGCCGAGCAUUGCGGUUUGAAGACAAGCCAGAUUAUUCAUACCUGAAGAGGCUCUUUCGAGACUUAUUUAUUAGAGAAGGUUAUCAAUUUGACUAUGUAUUUGACUGGACUGUCCUGAAGUACCCCCAGAUUGGUGGAAGCUCUAGAGGAUGGCAUGCCAGUGGGAAAGCAGGUGCAAAUGCAGGACCAUCUGGGGAAAGACCUGAAAGAGUCUCAGUUGGGAAAGAGAUUCGAGAAAAAUUCUCAGGUGCAGUUGAAGCAUUUUCGAGGAGAAAUACCUCAGGUUCUAGUCCACGAGAUCACUACAAACACAGGUCUAUUGAUGAUGGACCUCCAUCCAAAGACACGCCCUAUGAUUCUGAGAGGGGACGCAAUUCCUCCCGAUAUGGUAGCACUUCAAGGAAGGCUGUGGCCAGCAGUAAGCCAAGUUCCUCAGGUGAGCCCAGUGAAGGUCGCACAAGCCGAUUACUCUCAAACAGUAGCCGCCCGUCUACUGGGCACAACCGAGUUCAAUCUGGGCAUGAAUCAAAGCGCCCUGUUGCUACUAGAGGGAACCGUGAUGAUCCUCUCCGUAGCUUUGAGCUCCUCUCAAUCAGGAAGUAAUGGAGCUCACUAUUGAUAUCUGCUUAGUCAUCGGAUAAUCACUCAUCAAUUUGAUGAGCACCUGAGAAAGAAAACACAAAACUUGCCUUUGUACAUGGGAUAUUCCCGAUGCUCCAUCAUUACAGAUCUUAUUGCAUGUCUUAUGACAGUAUUACCUUCUCCAUCCUCCCACUUCUCUCUUCAAGAGUUGAAGGGCCGCUGUAACUGUGUAUUAGAAGAAACAUACAUUCUUUCUCUCCUUAGCUGUAAUAAUUACUAUUUCCUCAUUAUACACCUACUUGAGUUUGAGACCGUUUCUUUGUUAUUUGUAUGCACCUUUCUAUUUAAGAGUUUAAUCAAGAGUGCUGUCGUUUGAGCUUGGUCUGUAGGAAA